UCUUUUUUGUAUGUUUUUUUUAUGUGGAUAUUUGAGGGCCUAUAGCUUGAUCUGUGGUUCUGUUCUGAUCUUAGUCGUCAACCUCCAAAUAUUUUUAUAGUUCAAGAACUGUUUUUUUUUUUUUUGUUUGGAAUUAUGGUACUGGAACAAUGCCUUCUGAAGUUCCACCUGAAAGAGUUCUGUUUUUUGAAGUUCCAUCUAUUGAAUUCAAUUUCGGAACUUUCUUGGUGUUAGAAGACUUUGUAGGAAAACUCUGUUCGAUUUCAACGAACUAUAGCAAUGAAUGGGAGAAUUCGGUAUAGGAAAAACAAGAAACAAAGAAAUUAGAAGUGUUGUCCUCAGGACCAGCAUGAAUGCACAUGUUGUUUUUGGGUGUACCUUGGUCUAACUUUUUUUUAAUUUUUGCAUGAUUCUGGUAUUUGGAGGUUCAGAUUGCCUACUCUCGCCUCCGGCUUUUGGGAUAAGUGAUGAAAGAUGUAUGAUCUAAGAAAAAAUCAUAAGAAGUUAACAUCCUGGAGGAGUAUUGGAAUUAACUUGACCUCUCUUUGGGGAAAUUUGGAUCGGAAGUAUAACACCGGCGCUCCCAUCUACUUACAAAGAGUUCUGUGGUUAAGUUUGCUUUUGAGGACAAUGUUUCAAUGUUUUAUUGGCUCGCAGGAACCCAUAUAUUUUGUAUUGGUUUGAAGUACACACUUUAAUACAAAGUAGCUUGUUCAAUCUUUACAAUUGGUUUCAUUUAAGACUAUCUUUUGGGUGUUCACAUUCAAAAAGUAGUUGACUUUCUGCCAACCACAAUGAAUAAUCAAGAAAGUCAACCAUAAUGAAUAAUCAAGAAUAUUAUAUGGAUCAUAAUUUUUAAAUAAUUGCUUAUUCAUGAUACUUGGAGGGACCAUGAUUAGCCACUUGUCAAGAGGUCCCAUAUCGGUAGUUUGUUCCCGGAAUUGACUACCUAGAAGAGUUAUUUAGACAAAAAGAGUUAUUCAAGGACUGAACUGCUGGCAACUGCUACCCAAGGGAAAUUAUUUUUGGAAAUAACUUCCUCUUUCAUGAUAAAAGGCUGCAAGAAGACUUCAUUUGGGACAGUUGACUUCUACGACAAUUAGAAAGGUUUUCUAUACUGAAUGGUCUCCCUUAGUCCUUUAUCAUAGGUUUAGGAUUCUUCUCAAGAGCGGAGAUCCGUCCUACUAAAGGAUAUAUUGGUUUUUCCCAAUCAUAUAUAUUAGAUGAAUCUGGAUAUCUGAAUUGAGAUUGAUUGAAGGUUGAUCUGUUCCCAUUCGUUUAAUCUUGUUCAUUUGUUUGGUGCUUUUUGUACUUUUUGCUUUUGUUUUAAUCACUCAGCGAAUUAAGUCCUUGCAUCAAGGCAAAAUAAAGCCAUCUCUCUCAUCAACCUCUCCCCAACUAGAAUCAAUCAUGAGAGAAUAUAAUUGACAUUGUCCAAGACAAAGAAAAAGGGUAGAGAGCAUAAGGAAGCGAUAGUGAAUGGUAUAAAGCAGGCGCUGGAGGAUUACAGUUCUGUCUAUGUGUUCACUCUUGAGAACAUGAGAAAUCUGAAGUUUAAGGAGCUCAGGGAGCAACUGAAAUCUAGCAGCAGAUUUUUUCUUGGGUCGAAUAAAGUCAUGCAGGUUUCCCUGGGCAGAUCAGUAGCUGAUGAAAACAAGCCAGGCAUUCAUAAACUUUCUAAGUUUCUUCGCGGUGGUACUGGACUUUUGUUCACUAAUUUGGAAAAAGAGGAGGUUCAAAGGUUAUUUGAAGAAUUUGAAGAACAUGACUUUGCAAGGACAGGGAGCAUUGCAACUGAAAAGGUGGAACUAAAAGAAGGCACAUUGGAACAGUUCUCGCAUGAAAUGGAGCCUUUUCUCCGCAAACAGGGAUUGCCUGUUCGCUUGAACAAAGGAAUCAUAGAGCUAGUCUCCGACUUUGUUGUGUGUGAAGAAGGGCAGGCUCUAUCCCCUGAAUCAGCUCGAACAUUGCGUUUGCUUGGAAUCAAGAUGGCUACCUUCCGCGUCCACCUUGUCUGUGGUUGGAGCCCUGAUAAUUUUGAAGUCUAUGGAGAAGGGUUGGAUCUUUCAGAUGUCGAAUCCUCAUAGGGACCAUCCAUCCUAUCUAAAAUUUGAAGUCUCUUGACCUUGUCCAUCAUGGAAGCCUGAAGUCUGUAGAGAAGGGUUGAAUCUUUUGGAUGCGACCCCAAUGCAGUGCUAAUGAUGCAAGUGGUGGCAGCAGUUUGGCGGUGCAUUGCAAUUUUCAUUUCCUUGCAUCACCUACUUAAAGCAUGCGAGCUGCUUCGUUCGGAAGAUUUUAUGGAAGUGAUUGGAAUGUAAUUUUGCACCUUCCACCAUUGUAAGAGAUAAUUCUAAUUAGUCUUUUUUAAAAGUUAAAUAUUACAUCUAUGCAGAGCUCAUUUGAGGAAAUCUACUUGCCUUCGCUUA